AUGCCAGUCUCGGAUGCCAUAUUGACGCAGAUUCUGGCCCAGUUGGAGGCAAUGCAAGUCUCCCAGCAGACUAUGCAGGCAAAACUCGAUGCAUUGUCACAACAUAAACCCUCUUCUCCUCUGGAACCUAAAUCCAUGAAGGGCCUCCCAAAUCUCGCUACACCAAGCACCCCGCCUAGGGAAGGUACAUCAACUUCGACGCAGACGGACGAUGCCAAGGAGAGCGUAGUAUCAGUGCAGGCGCAAUCCACAAGGGCCGCCCUUUCCAGCGCACCUCCCUCACUUGGACCCGCCGCAGCGAGCCUUACAGACAAAGAGCGCGAGAAGCUGCUUUAUCCCGGACGGGUCAACCUGACCACGUACCCCGACCAGCACGGAAUUUCUCCACACCCUCUGCGCUGGGGUGCCCCCACCCCCGCCGAACGAGGCCCGAUUAUCUGCUCGCGCCUGCCCUCGUCUAUCAAGCAUCGAAAUGCCAUUGGUGCGCAUUCUGGGUCUUAUUCCAUCUACCGCGCGUUAUCCAUCGCAAUGGGUUCUCUGUCGCCGACACACAAGCCGGAUUAUAGCCUCACAGAACCCCCAGUCGAUAUUCCACCAAACCCAACAUGGUAUGACCCAUCGAAGAUUGUGUCGUUCGAUCCAUGGGGACACGUCGUGCCGCAGGUGUUUCAGAAAGAGAUUGAGGAACAAGGGCUCGAUGUGAGACCCAGCAUCGCCGUGACCAAGGCCCAUUUGAAGAUGAGCGAGUUGGAUGAUGCAGCGAGGAAGGGUGAUAUUAAGAUCGAUGGGUCGAUUGUGCUGAAAAGCCAUCCCGUGAGGAAUGUCGACGGAAGCGAGAACACUAGCGUCGAUCCCGGCGUGGAAGUGACAGUGAGCAAGGCGGCAGUUGAGCCAGUUUGGUAUCUUCCUGGAGUAGCCGAGCGAUUUGGAAUCUCGGAGACUCUGUUGAGGAGAGCUCUUUUUGAGGAUACUGGAGGAAUGUAUCCAGAACUUAUCACGCGUCCAGAUAUCAAGGUCUUCCUGCCUCCUAUUGGAAACUUAACGGUUUAUAUCUUUGGUAAUCCGGCGUUUAUGUCCGACGAGAGCAAAGAGUUAACGUUGCGUGUACACGACGAAUGUAACGGUUCUGACGUCUUUGGCUCUGACAUUUGUACCUGCAAACCCUAUCUGACCUACGCCAUCGAGGAGUGCAUUCGGGGAGCACAACGCGGAGGUGUCGGUGUUGUGGUUUAUUUCAGAAAGGAAGGCAGGGCUCUAGGCGAAGUCACCAAAUACCUGGUUUACAAUCUUCGUAAACGCGGUGGCGACUCUGCAGAUCGGUACUUCAAGUCCACCGAACUUAUUGCUGGCGUGAAAGAUAUGCGUUUCCAAGCGCUCAUGCCCGACGUCUUGCACUGGCUCGGCAUCAAGAAGGUCGACCGGAUGGUGAGCAUGAGUGACAUGAAGUACGAUGCGAUUGUGAAGAGCGGGAUCAGCAUCUGGAAUCGAUAUGAUAUCCCUGACCACCUUAUUCCCCCUGACUCACGAGUGGAGAUCGACGCUAAGAUCGCGGCUGGCUAUUUCUCGAGUGGCAAGCAGGUCACGGAAGCUGAUCUAGUUAAGACUGUUGGAAGAACAUGGGAAGAGACUGAACACUGA